GGUACAGAGCAGCAUCAGCAUCGCUCUCCUCUCAGCGGCAGUUUUGCGCUAGACAAGUCGGAACAAUUUCUCACAUAUAGCUUCUUAUUGCACUCACAACUUUGCAUCUAAGAAGAGAGCUCCGGGAAUUAAUACCAUUUAUUCGAGGAAGGCGAGUCGGUCAAAACGCUGUCACUUGAUCUUACAGCGCUCUGGCAAAGAUGAAUUUUGUAUCGGUUGUUAUACUGACGUGCAUCUUACUUGUGGAAACAUCUUGGGGGACCAAGGCAGGCCAAAGUCCUAAACCCCCAUGCAGACCAGGCUUCUCUGAGAGCUUCUACACUGUGUUUGUCUCGAGGGAUCUACUGCGAGGCCAAAGCAUUCUCAAAGACACCAGCCUAUCGAGUGAACGUGUAAAGUUUGAGGACUGCCAGCACAGUAAAGCAGUGGGCUUCGAGAGCAGUGACCCUAACUUCAGUGUGCGCCCUGACGGCUCAGUGUACGCGGAGCAGGAAGUGGCCAACCUGUCAGAACCGAUCCAGUUCAUGGUGACCGCCCGCGGAGGUCAUGACCCUCACAUCUGGGAGACCACGGUCAAGUUGGCCUUGUUUGGACACCAGCCCUCUGUCCCUGUGAGUCAGAUUGGAGUGGCGGAUAUGAUUGCAAGGGCCUGGGACUCUAAUCCCAGGGUUAUCAAGUUUCCACGGAAACAUCAAAAAAGCUCCUCUGCCAAUGGACUGAGACGACAGAAGCGGGACUGGGUCAUCCCACCAAUCAAUGUGCCUGAAAACUCCAGAGGACCCUUCCCACAAAUGCUUGUCAGAAUCCGCUCGGACCAGGACCUGGAGAAAGGGAUACGCUACAGCAUCACUGGAGCAGGGGCGGACCAGCCUCCCAUUGACGUGUACAACAUCGACCCUGUGCACGGCAAGAUGUUUGUCACCAGACCCCUGGACAGAGAGGAGAGGGCCUCCUACCAUCUGCGGGCCCAUGCUGUGGACAUGAAUGGGAACAAGGUGGAAAGCCCCAUAGACCUAUACAUCUACGUCAUCGACAUGAAUGACAACCGGCCAGAGUUCCAGAACCAGGUCUACAAUGGCUCUGUGGCUGAAGGCUCAAAGCCAGGCACGUUGGUGAUGCAAGUGACAGCCAACGACUCAGAUGAUGACACCACAGCCAAUGGGAUGGUGCGCUACCGGAUCCUGUCCCAGACCCCCCACAUGCCCAUCCCCAACAUGUUCACCAUCAACAGUGAGACGGGAGACAUCUUCACCAUGGCUGCUGGCCUGGACAGGGAGAAAGUGUCCCAGUACAUCAUCAUCGUCCAGGCCACGGAUAUGGAGGGGAACCUGAACUUUGGCCUGUCCAACACGGCCACCGCCCUCAUCUCUGUGACCGACAUCAACGACAAUCCUCCCGAGCUGACCGCCAGGACGUUUUCGGGGGAGGUCCCAGAGAACAGUGUGAAUGUGGUGGUGGCCAACCUGACAGUGAUUGACAGGGAUCAGCCCCACAGCCCUAACUGGGCUGCCCAGUACCGCAUCGCCAGCGGAGACCCCCAGGGUCACUUCCUCAUCCGCACCAACCCUGUCAACAACGACGGCAUGGUCACUGUGGUCAAGCCGGUGGACUAUGAGCAGAACAGGGCCUUCAUGCUGACUGUGAUAGUCUCUAACAAGGCCCCCCUGGCCAGUGGGAUCCAGUCUUCUCUCCAGUCUUCAGCGGGGGUCACCAUCUCCGUACAGGACGUCAACGAAUCCCCUGUCUUCCCAACCAACCCCAAGUCCAUCCGUUUUGAGGAGGGUGUCCCUGCAGGCACCACACUCACCGUGUUUGCUGCCCAAGACCCUGACCUCUUCAUCCAGCAAACUGUCAGGUACUCCAAGUUGUCUGACCCCGCUAACUGGCUGAGGAUCAACAGGACCAAUGGUCAGAUCACCACCAUGGCUGUGCUGGACAGGGAGUCUAUGUACGUCAGGAACAACAUCUAUGAGGCCACCUUCCUGGCUGCCGACAAUGGUUCUCCCCCGGCCAGUGGAACAGGUACUCUGCAGAUCCAUCUGAUAGAUGUGAAUGACAAUGCUCCGGUGAUGAUGCCCAAGGAGGCCCAGUUGUGUGAACGAGCCAAUCCCCGCUCCAAGGUCAACAUCACAGCCUCCGAUGCCGACGCUGACCCCCAUGUGGGGCCAUUUGUGUUUGAGCUGCCCUCCUACCCCCCCAGCAUCCGACGCAACUGGACCAUCUCCCGGAUCAGCGGUGACUAUGCCCAGUUGAGACUGAGGAUUCCCUACCUGGAUGCAGAGGUGUAUGAUGUUCCCAUCAUCGUGUCGGACUCCGGUAACCCGCCCCUCUCUAACAGGUCCAUUAUAAAGGUCAAGGUGUGUCCGUGUGAUGACAACGGAGACUGUACUACCACCGGAGCUGUGGCUGCUGCCGGACUGGGGACCGGGGCCAUCAUAGCCAUACUCAUCUGUAUCAUCAUACUGCUUAUCCUUGUGCUAGUGUUUGUGAUGUGGAUGAAGCGCAGGGAGAAGGAGCGUCAGGCCAAGCCCCUGCUGAUCGACCCAGAGGACGACGUCAGAGACAACAUUCUGAAGUACGACGAGGAGGGAGGAGGAGAGGAGGACCAGGACUAUGACCUGAGCCAGCUGCAGCAGCCUGAGUCUGUGGAGCACAUAAUCAGUAAACCAGUGGGGGUGCGCAGGGUGGACGAGAGGCCCAUCAUCGCUGAGUCCCAGUACCCUGUCAGACCCAGCCUGCCCCACCCUGGAGACAUCGGAGACUUCAUAAACGACGGUCUGAGGGCGGCGGACAACGACCCCACGGCCCCGCCCUAUGACUCCCUGCUGGUGUUUGACUAUGAGGGCAGUGGCUCCACGGCCGGCUCUGUCAGCUCCCUCAACUCCUCUAGCUCAGGAGACCAGGACUACGACUACCUCAACGACUGGGGCCCCCGCUUCAAGAAGCUGGCAGACCUCUACGGCGGGGGAGAGGACGACUGAG